GUAGAAGAAAGCGAAUUCGCAAAUAGGAAUUAACGUUCUACUAUCUUCGACCUGUAUUGCCUCCCUGUUCAACAGGUUCGAGUACAUGUACCGGACCACUAGGAGAAUUUAGUCAUACCCUAUACGUAAUAGAAUUUUUGUUAGCUUUUCAGCAAGUGUUGGACCAGUAAAAGAGUUUCAUUUGCUUUUCAGCAACGAACAGUAAGUACUUUUCUUCAAACCUUUAACAGUUCUCAGUCGUGACAAGUAAGCAGAAGCGGUUCCUGAAAAUGAACAGCCAAGAUGGACAGCCUCUGCAACAUCAGCAGGCAAUGCAAGGUUCGUACAUGAACUAUAUGGUGCCUGGGAGCUGGGAACUGUGCGCCACCAUAGGGAACACCUGUGGGGUACAACAACAACUGUGGACAACUAGCACCCCCUACUGGUGGGGCCGGUUGUACUAAUGGGUAUCCACAACAGCUGGCUUUGUUGCAGCCACAGUAUCAGCAGCAGCCUAUGCAAGAACAGCAGCAACCGUACUACAAUUCGCAGCAGCCGAUGAUGCAGCAACAGCAGGGUGGCUACAUUGACAGACAACCCUGAGCAGCAGCCAAUGUUGCAACAGGGCCAGCAGUUCUAUGCGCAGCAGUCGAUGAUGCAGCAACAGGGCGGCUACUCUUACAACUAGCAGCAUGCAAUGGUGCAGUAUCAACAGCCGCAAAAGCAGCAGCCAGCAAUGAACGUACAGGCAACCGCAGGCUCAGCGACUGGGCAGGUAAGUACAUGAACUUUUAAUUGCCUUAUUCAUAGAGCUGCAGAGCAAAUCCCUGCUUGACGGAAAAUUUUUGCGCAAGUCUGUGCAGGAAAUAUGGCCCUUGGUAUCGACGACUUCUGGGUAAGUACAUUGAUUCAUUAUAGAGUAAUAUAUUAGAGGAGAAAAAGACAUAGUCAUCAAUAAAUAACCUCCAGCUUAAGUCACACAGCAGACUGUCACACAAGUUACGCAGACAACAACGACAACAACCAGCCAACCUUCCAGUAACCGACCGAUGUGCUUACCGCAGGAGCAGUCGGUCGUUAUUCAGAAACAACGGCAACAAGUAGUGGUCAAUACUAAUGGACCUCCAACUGUGGUCAUGGGUCAAGGAGCGCCACCAUCGCCGCGUCUUUCCCGGACCUCCUCUACGUCGUCGUCGUCGUCAAGUUCCUCUAGUACGUCGUCGUCGAGUUCUUCCUCUUCGUCCUCGGCAUCUUCUAUGGUGUCGUCGCCGAAAUAUUCCCCUUUCUACUCGCCUUUGGAGCGACGAACAAGGAACAAUGGAGAUGCCGUAGCGACCGGCGCCACACUGGGUGCUAUUGCUCGUGCCGCGCUCAUGAGAGCGGCGCUCGGAGGAUAGAAGCCCCAUUACAAGUAUACUCAUUGAAACUGAAAUAUACAUAUAGUAAAACAUUGGACUUCAUUGCCAGAUGACGUUGGAUGCAUGGACUAGUAGGAAAGCGCAGAAAGAUCAAGCGGAAAAAAUAGUAAUGAACAUUUAGCGACCAAAACUAACAUACUUAAGUUAGCGCUGUGCCUAUCUAGUACUACUUAAGUAGUUAGUUCCCAAGGAACACGGUUCUUGUAGUAUUUAUUAGCAUAGCAGCAUGGGGGCUUCAGCUUUAAUAUUUAUCUUUAUAUAAUAUAUAUCAUGAUGUCUUGUUAUUUGAGUUUGAAGACGCCGUUUGUUGAGUUUUGAUAUUCUUUUUCUUGUUCCAUGACCGAUUUCAAUUUGUUAGAAGGUGAAGGACAACGAUAAUCCGCCGACUGGUGAACAGCAGAGAUGAAAGAAUUUGAAUUACCCAUAAAAAUCGGACUUGAAAGAAAAAUGUGCCGAUGCAAGUCAUUCAAAGUAGAAGGACGGAAGAGCAAUAGUCCAGUUGCUACUUGUACUUUUCCUGUGUGUAAGAUGAACACAUGAAUUGAAAU